CCUGGUUUGCGGUGAUCACGUGAUUUUCCGCAUGUUUGAAGUCCCGAAAACACUGCGUCGCCACUCCUCCGCUUCAUUUAGUCGAAUCAGAUUCGAGCAGGAAGGCUCGAGCAUAACAUCCAUAACUGUAGGUUUAUUCAAAGAGAGUGGUGGUACUUCGCCAAGGUGUAUCACUUCCACUCGAAGCCAGCAACCACUUGUCUGUCUGCUAUCCGUCCGAACGUCACGGCUCCUCGGCGGGCUGCCUCAGUCAUCACUUCGGUGCUGCCCCAGCGCCGUUUAAGAGGCUGUCUGUCGGACCCAAAGCUCGUCCGUCAGCCCCGAGUCUGUCGGGCCUCUGCUUGUCUUGACCCAGUGAGCCGCUGCUAGCAGGGCGUUAGCCGGCCAGGCGUUAGCAUGGCCGAUGGAAAAGCCAACCUGGUGGCCAAGGACGAGACGACGACACGGGGAAACGGUCAAAUGAAGGUCCAGCUGAAGUACUUAAGUCUGGCUGUGCUGGUGGUCCAGAAUGCGUCCCUCAUCCUCAGCAUCCAGUAUGUGCGCACAUUGCCGGGCGAGCGCUUCCUGGCCACAUCGGCUGUAGUCAUGGCGGAGAUCCUCAAGGUGUUGGCGUGUCUCCUCAUCAUCCUGCUGCAGAAGAGAUGCCACGUGAAGGAGACUGUGUUGUUCCUGGUUGACGCCAUCUUGUUUCAGUACAAGGACACGCUGAAGCUGGCCCUUCCAUCGCUCAUCUACACACUGCAGAACAACCUGCAGUACAUUGCAAUCUCCAACCUGCCUGCUGCCACCUUCCAGGUGACGUACCAGCUAAAGAUCCUGACCACGGCGCUCUUCAGUGUGCUGAUGCUGAGGAAGACUUUGUCCAAAGUGCAGUGGUUUUCACUACUGCUGCUCUUUGUCGGUGUCGCAAUCGUACAGGUGCAGCAUGGGGGCAACAAGGAUGCGGUGAAAGCCAAUCAGAACUACACGGCAGGCCUGGCGGCUGUGAUCAUCAGCUGCCUGUCGUCAGGAUUCGCCGGUGUCUACUUCGAGAAGAUCCUAAAGACGAACUCGGCGUCUGUGUGGUUGCGCAACGUGCAACUGGGCAUCUUCGGCACAGCUCUGGGCAUGUUGGCGCUGUGGUGGAACGACGGUGCUGCUGUGGCCCACCGUGGUUUCUUCUUGGGCUACACGUCUAUGGUGUGGUGCGUCAUUCUCAACCAGGCGUUCGGCGGCCUCCUGGUGGCUGUGGUUGUCAAGUACGCCGACAACAUUCUGAAAGGCUUCGCCACCUCCUUCUCCAUCAUCAUCUCCACCAUCAUGUCCAUCUACCUGUUCGCUUUCCGUGUGGACCCUCUGUUUGUGGCUGGCGCCGGGCUGGUCAUCAGCGCCGUCUACAUGUACAGCCUCCCUAAAUCGUCAGCCACCCUCAAUUCUUCUUUCUCUGCGCUGAGAACUGAGGACAGCACCUCCAAGCAGGUAAAUGGAUUGUUACGCUGUUUCCACCUUUGUUGCCCCUCAGAAGAGAAGAAUGUACUCACCUGACCCGUACCAUCAAGUCACAACAAAGGUGCGACAGAAAGGAGAAAGGAUCUUGAGAAGCCCACAAGAAAAGGUGGAUUGACAGGCUGCGACCCUGGCGCCGUGUCGUCCAAGGGGGGCUUUCGGAGGACACAUCUUAAAUGUCAGCUUUUAUUGAGGCCGGCGGGUCCAAUGGGCUGGGGUCUUUCCUCAUUCAGUUUAAAAUUAGUGAAAAUUUAGCUGCAACAUUUUAAAGUGAAACAAUACAACUAAUAUUUUUAUACGCUACAGUGUCAUGAAAAAGUAUUGGCCCGCUUCUCAAAUUCUUAUAUUUUUGCGUAGUUUCCCCACUGUGAUGUUUAAGAUAACCAAACAAAUGUAAAUAUCAGCCAAAUAUAACCCAAGUAAACUUAAAAUGCUGUUUUUAAAUGGUGAUUUCAUUUGUUAAAGAAAAAAAAACUAUUCAAAGUUACCUGGCCCUGUGUGGGAAAAAGGUAAUUUUUAAAAUAAUGCAUUAAUUGUGGCUAAUCAGAAUUUUUGGUUAACUUUCACUGAUCACACUCAAGCCUGAUUAACCCCAGACCUGUUCAAUCUGUCCCAACAAAAUCAAGUCGGACAAAAGAUUUCAAACAUCUGCAACAAAAUGACACGAUCCAAAGAAAUUCCAGAACAGCUGAUAAAGUGAUUGACAUCUGUCAGCCUGGAAAGGGUUACAAAAGCCAUUUCUACAGCUUUAGGAUUCCAGCGCACCAUAGGGAGAGCCAUUAUCCUCACAUGGAGAAAACAUGAAACAAUGAUGAACCUUCCCAGGAUUGGCCGGCCUACAAUAAUUACUCCAAGAGAACAGCAAUGACUCAUCCAGGAGGCCAUAAAUGUUGAGCUUUUUAGAAGGUGUGCAUCUCGUUACAUCUGGCAUAAAUCUAGCAAAGCAUUUCAGAAAAAGAAUAUCCUACCAACGGUCAAACAUGGUGGUAGUGUGAUGUCUUGGGCUGCUUGCUCCUUCAGGUCCUGGACCACUUGCUGUGACCACAAAUUCUGCUCGAAAAUAAAAUCCUGAAGGAGAAGAUUCAGCCAUCACUUUCUGACCUCAAGCUGAAGCGCAUGUGGGUUCUGCAGCAGGGUAAAUAUCCAAAGUACAUCAGCAAGUUAAAUUCUGAAUGAUUUAAAAAAACAAAAUGGUUUUGGAGGGCCAACAUAUCUCCACAGACCACACAAAUGUGAACGACUCAUUGGCAGUUCUAGAUAAGAAAAGUUGGAGGAGCUCCUGCCUGCAGAAAAAUGCCUUGUUUGUUGUCUAUUGUGCAAGACAAGGAAAUGAAGCCAGGCUUUUUUUCUGUGUUUGUACAUACACAAAUAUAUACAAUGUACAAUCUUUUUAUUUUUUCAUCAAAAAACAUUUACAUAUACCAAAUACUUCAUUCACACUGCUGUAUUUAAAACCUCACUAGGAGCUGUCCUUGAAGUCAUGUAAUUUUUAUUUAUUCAUUGAACCUUAUCCAGGUAAGGUAUUUGCAAUGCUGACCUGGCUGCAGACAGCAGAGUAAAACAAAGCAAAAUAGGAGCAAAUCGGAAUCAUCUUUAUUUUGCCAAGUAUGUCAAAAACAAGGAAUUUGUCUCCGGUAGUUGGAGCCACUCUAGUACAACAACAGACAGUCAAUUGACAGAAUACUUUUGAGACAUAAAGACAUUGAGAAAAACAGUCACUGAGCAAUAAAAGGUUGCUAGUAAUCUGGUAAUGCUGGUACAAUUUAUUUAUUUAUUUAUUGAAAUUGUGCAAAAACAUGCAGAGUUCUCUAGCAAUGAGAGCAAUUUGAAUGACUAAUAGAGCAAUAGUCCGGUUCAAUGACCAUUGUGCAAAGGGCGCCGAGACUUCAAGAAAUGUAUGCACUUUAAAGUAACUAGUAGUGCAAUAAUCUGGGAAAAUGUCGAUUGUGCAAAUGUUGAAGAUACUCCUCAGUCAGUGUGCAAGUGGUGCAGAUGCUACUCUGGCAUGAGUGGCCAGUAUUGGUCAACAACAGAUAUGCAAAUAGUGCAGUGUGGUGAGACUACUUCAGUAAGUGCACGAGUAAUGUAUAAAUGGCCCGACAUAAAUGUGACAACAAACUCAAGACAUAAAAUUGGCAGCAUGUUGCAAUGGAAUUGUAAAUUAACUUUAAGAAGUUAAUGGCAAGAGGGAAGAAGCUGUUGGAAUGUCUGCUAGUUUUAGUUUGCGUUGUUCGGUAGCGCCUACUUGAGGGAAGGAGCUGGAAGAGCUGGUGACCGGGAUGUGGAGGGUCCGAGAGGAUUUUGCAUGCUCUUGUCUUAGUUCUGGCAGCAUGCAAGUCCUCAGGGGUGGGUAGGGGGUACCGACAAUCUUUUCAGCAGUUUUGAUUGUCCGUUGCAAUCGGUGUUUGUCCUUUUUCUGUAGCAGCACCAAACCAGACUGUGAUGGAAGAACACAGGACUGAUUUGAUGACCGCUGUGUAGAACUGCCUCAACAGCUCCUGUGGCAGGCCGUGCUUCCUCAGAAGCCGCAGGAAGUACAUCCUCUGCUGGGCCUUUUUGAGGAUGGAGUUGAUGUUGAACUCCCACUUCAGGUCCUGAGAGACUAUAAUUCCCAGGAACUUGAAGGUCUCGAUGGUUGACACAAGGCAGUUGGACAGUGUGAGGGGCAGCUGUGGCGAAGGAUGCCUCCUGAAGUCCACGAUCAUCUCUACAGUCUUGAGCGUGUUCAGCUCCAGGUUGUGUCGGCCGCACCACAGCUUCAGCCGCUCCGCUUCCUGUCGAUACACAGAGUCGUCUUUAAUGAAACCAAUGACUGUGGUGUCAUCUGCAAACUUCAGGAGUUUGACAGCUGGGUGUGUUGAGGUGCAGUCGCUCGUGUAGCAAGAGAGGACACAACCUUGGAGCGCCCCGGUGCUGGUAGUGCAUGUAGAUGAGGUGGUGUCCCCCAGCCUCACCUGCUGUGUCCUGCCCGUCAGGAAGCUGUAAAUCAACUGGAAGAUGGCAGGCGAGACCCUGCGCUGGAGAAGCUUGGAGGAGAGGAGUUUGGGGAUGAUGGUGUUGAACGCAGAGCUGAAUUCCACGAGCAGGAUCCCUGCGCCAUUGAGGUGUUCUAUGAUGAAGUGCAGUCCCAUUUUGACUGCAUCAUCCGCGGACCUGUUUGCUCGGUAGGCAAACUGCAGGGGGUCCAGCAGGGGACCUGUGACGCUCUUGAGGUGGGCCAGCACGAGGCAUUCAAAGGACUUCAUGACCACAGAUGUCAAGGCGACAGGCCUGCAGUUAUUCAGACACAAGGUUUCUUGGGGACUGGGAUGAUGGUGGAGCGUUUGAAACAGGAUGGUACUUCCCACAGUUCCAGAGGUCUAUUGAAGAUCUGUGUGAAGACUGGAGCGAGCUGGUCCGUGCAGACUUUGAGGCAGGAUGGGGACACAAGGUCCGGGCCUGCCGCUUUAAUAUUUUGUUGUUUGAAGAUCCGUCUCACAUCCUGUUCAUGGAUGGUCAACGCAGAAGUCAGAGGUGUGAUUGUGUGUGGGUGUGGGGUGUGAAAGUGUCCUUUUCCAAUCUGCAGUAGAAGGUGUUCAAGUCGUCAGCUUGUCUACUAUUGUUCUCAGCUUGGGGUGAUCGUUGCUUGUAAUUGGUAAGCGAUUGUAAUGCAUGCCAGAUUGAUUUAGAGUCGUUAGCACUAAACUGUUUUUCUAACUUUAAUGCCAAGUUUCUCUUUGCAAUGUCAAUUUCUUUAGUCAGCUGGUUUCUAGUGCGAUUAUACAGGCCCCUGUCCCCACUUCGAUAUGCGUCCUCCUUAGCCUGGCGAAGUUGCUUAAGUUUGGUAGUGAACCACAGCUUGUUAUUGAAUGUGCAAAAUGACGUGAUUGGUACACACACCUCUUCACAGAAACUGAUAUAGGAUGUGUCCAGCUCAUUUUCUAGCUAAUCAUAUCUACAGUGCCGUGAAAAGGUAUUGGCCCCCUUCUCAAAUUCUUAUAUUUUUGCAUAGUUUUCCCACUGUAAUAUUUAAGAUCAUCAAACAAGUGUAAAUAUCAGACAAAUAUAACCCAAGUGAACUUAAAUGCUGUUUUUAAAUGAUGAUUUAAUUUAUUAAGGAAAAAAAAAAAAGAAGUUACCUAGCUCGGUGUGAAAACGUAAUGACCCCCUAAACCUAAUUACUGGUUGGGCCAUCCUCAGCAGCAGCAACUGAAAUAAAUAUUUUCUAUAACUGGCGAUGUCUUUCAUAUCUCUUUGGAGAACUUUUGGCCCACUCUUCCUUGCAGAAUUAUUUAAAUUCAGAAAAAGGUUACGGUUUUUGAGCAUGAACGGCCAUUUUAAGGUCAUGUCACUGCAUUUCAAUCAGAUUCAAGUCUGGACUUUGACUUUUACCCCUCCAAAACCAUUUAUUUUUUUUUUUUUUUUUUUAAUCAUUCAGAAUUUAACUUGCUGGUGUGCUUUGGAUAUUUACCCUGCUGCAGAACCCAAGUGCGCUUCAGCUUGAGGUCACAAACUGAUGGCUGAACAUUCUCCUUCAGGAUUUUCUGUUAAAGAGCUAAAUUCAGCAAAAUUUAUGGUCCCAUCAAUCACAGCAAGUUGUCCAGGUCCUGAAGGUGAAAGCAGCCCAAGACCAUCAAACUACCACCACCAUUUUUGACUGGUAGGAUGUUCUUUUUCUGAAAUGCUGUGCUACUUUUACCUACUAUAUUUAAUAAAUAUAUUAAAAUUUAUUGAGAUUUACUUGUACAUAUUGAAACUUGUUGUCCCAAACAAGGCCCCUAGGUUGGCAUUGCGAAUGAGAACCAGUUCUCAAUUGCCUCACCUGGAUAAAUAAAGGUGAUGUUUUAAAGGUAUCAAAAGUGUUUAAAAAAUAGAUUAAGUUUUAAAAUAAGACAUUAACUUGAAUGUUUAAAAUACCAGCGUUUUUUUUAGAUCAAGCAGGUAUCAGUAGUGAGCAACAUCAGUCUCAGGCAAGAGAGUUAAAGGCAGACCAAAGAGAAGGUUGGUGGAUAUUGUGAGGAAGACAUGGGGGCAGUUGGUUAGAGAGAAGGAUGCAGCAGAUAGGCGUACAUGCAAAAGGAUAACACGCUGUGUUGACCACGAAAGGGACAAGCCGAAAGGAAAAGAAGAUUCAGAAAACACAAAAUUAGUAUACAAACACAAUUGCCACGGAGUGACAUAUAAUCAGUGGCAAAAAGGCACAUUAUUAUAUUACAAAAAUACAUUAUAAAGAGCACCUACAACACCAAUUCCAAUGAAGUUGGGACAGAAUAAAAUUAUUUGCAAAUCAUGUUCAACCUAUAUUUAAUUGAAUACACUACAAAGACAAGAUAUUUAAUGUUCAAACUGAUCAACUUUAUUGUUUUUUAGCAAAUUAUCAUUAACUUAGAAUUUUAUGGCUGCAACACGUUCCAAAAAAGACUGAGAAAGUUGAGGAAUGCUCAUCAAAGACCUGUUUGGAACAUCCCACAGGUGAACAGGCUAAUUGGGAACAGGUGGCUGCCAUGAUUGGGUAUAAAAGGAGCUUCUCAGUCAUUCAGAAUCAGAAUCAUCUUUAUUCUAUUAUUCCCCGUGCUUGCAUGUGUUUUCUCCGGGCACUUCGGUUUCCUCCCACAUCCCAAAAACAAAAGACUCUAAAUUGCCCGUAGGUGUGCCUGUGAAUGCGAAUGGUUUGUAUGUCCCCUGCGAUUGGCUGGCAACCAGUUCAGGGUGUAGCCCGCCUCCUGCCCGAUGAUAGCUGGGAUAGGCUCCAGCACGCCCACGACCCUAGUGAGGAGAAGCAGCUCAGAAAAUGGAUGGAUGGAUAGUUGAAGCCGCUCUCGUACGACAACAGACAGUCAAUUGACAGAGAACACUUUUGAGACAGACAUUGACAAAAAAAAAAAAAAAAACAG